AGAAGUCAGACAAGUGUGCUCCUAUCCAGAGGUGCGCUUUUAUUAAAAGAGUUUAUAAUACACUGACAACGACAGGGUCGCUCUUGUCAAGCGCACUCAACUUGAUCUAUUUUUAACCUACAGUGCCCGUUUUGGAAACUAAGUUUGUUUUUGUUGUACUUUGGUCGUGAGAAGUUGUGCAAACAGGGAUAGCAAGGUGUCGUGAGCGAAGCAACGGGAGUCCUGAAAGAGGCGAGGAUUUUCCUUGAACCAGUUCUCUGUCGGUAUUGUUGACUGCUGUCAUGUCCACUUAGUAGACAUUUUACAUGUACUUUUGACAGAAAGGAUAGAGUGAGCUUAUGCUAACCUUCAUCCUCUUCGCUGGAUAUCUAUGGAGAGGGUGUCCUGUAUGCUAUCACGCAGCUCUUGGAGCUACUUGCGCCCGAGACAACACCGUGAGUGUUGAAUUCAUCGACCUGGAUAGCAGAAGACGACACACUUAACCUCAUUUGAAUGCCUUUGCAAGGGGUUUGCUGGUUUCUGUGCUGCAGGCAGGGCUUCAGUUUACUCGGACGGGACUAUGGGGAGAAAGAGGAGGAAGAGUCUUUUGAAUUACGCAACAAGGAGGACUUGACUCCCAAUGGACGGAGUCCGGGUGAGGUGACUGUUUCUCAACCUACUCGCACAGCCAAUGGAGCAAAUGGGCACACUGUCUCAGAGGUGUCUGACGAGAUGAAGGACAUGAUAAUUCAGAAUAAUAAGAUGGGUUCGGAGGAAGAGCCUGAACUGCUGGUCAAAGGGUGGCUGUUGCGUGAAGUGCGAGGCAACUGGAUCAAGCAGCGCCGGUACUGGUUCGUGCUGAGUCAGGACUCCCUCGACUACUACAGCGGACCAGAAAAAGCAGCCCGCAGACUGGGCACGCUGGUCCUCACCAACCUCUGCUCUGUCAUCUGGCCAGACAAGCAGACAUACAAGGAGACGGGUUACUGGAGCAUCACAGUAUAUGGGCGGAAGCACUGCUACAGGCUUUACACCAAGCACUUCAAUGAGGCUGUGCACUGGGCAUGUGCUAUACAGAAAAUCAUUGAUACCAAAGCACCAGUGGAAACACCAACACAGCUCUUGAUUCGAGACAUCGAGGAGAAUAAGUUCAACCCAGAGGUAGUGGAGCACAUCUACCAGCACAACCCCAUCCUGAAGUACACCCAUGGCCCCCUGUAUGCUCCUCUGCUGCCCUUCCCCUACGGCAGCCUGGAGCACACAUACCACAGUGGGAAAGGCUACGGCUCUGUGCGUGAGGAGGCUGUGAAGCUGUUCAACUGCCUGCAGCAGCUGGAGUCUGCAAGGGGUCCCAUUCCCAUCAUCCAGGGCGUGCUGCAGACCUGCCUGGACCUGCGGCCCCUCCGCGACGAGGUCUACUGCCAGCUAGUGAAGCAGACCAGCUACACGCCUGCCCCGUAUACUGCUGCACACCUCCGCUACUGGCAGCUUCUCACCUGCAUGAGUUGCACCUUCCUACCUGGGCCCACCGUACUCAAGUACUUGCGAUUCCACCUAAAGAGGAUCCAGAGCCAGAGUCCUGAGUCUGAGAUGGAUAACUAUGCGUCAUUCAUCAGUGAGGCUCUGGAGAAGACCAAGUGUCGGGAGUGUGUGCCAUCCUGGGAGGAGAUCCAGAUGUUGAUGAGCCGACAGGAGAUGCUGUGCACUGUACACUAUCCUGGCCCCGGAUCCUGCCAGCUGUACAUCAGCUCUCACACUACCGCCAAUGAGGUGGUUCGAAGGAUACAGGAGAAGCUCGGCCUGCAAGAGAGCAAAAACACGUUUGCACUGUACGAGCAGAACGUACUGUGGGAGCAGCCAGUCGCAGGCAGCGCUCUGAUCGCAGACAUCCUUACCAGCCUCUCCACCAAAGAGUCAGAGUCUAAAUCCCAAUGGAAACUGUGUUUCAAGCUCUACUGCCUGUUAGAUGCUGACAGCAUAUCAGUGGACAGCAUUGAGUAUCUCCUCCUCUUUGAGCAGUGCCAUGAGAUGGUGGUGCGUGGCCAGCUGCCAUCAUGUGAAGAGGACCUGCAAACCUUAGCUGCCCUGAGGCUUCAGUGUCUAAUGGGUGACUUCAGCACACACGCCCCCUGCCCGCCUCUGGACGAGCUUUUCCCAGGUCACAUGCUAGAAGCUCGAGUCCUCUUGUCCCUUUCUGCACCCCAAGCUGUGCCUCCUUGUCAGGUGGCAGCUCAGGGCUGCCCCACAACGCAGCUCUUCCCCACGGGCCUCCUGGCCGGGACACUGUGGAGCCACACAGCUACAGCAGCACACAAGCAAAAGGUGGAGCAGGAUAUGCGUUUGCGGAGCCGGCUGAAGGAGGAGGCUGCAGCUGUCAUGGGAUCCAUCUUGGAGCGUUGGAAAGGUCUGGCCGGCUAUAGCCGCAGGGAUAGUAUGGCUGCUUACCUCACAAUUGCACGCCAGUGGUCGGGCUUUGGAUGCACUCUUUACGAAGUGGACUUUUAUAUUAGUUCGACAGGGAGUUUUUCCCAGAAGUUGUGGUUGGGUGUAGCUGCUACAUCCGUGUCUCUGUAUCGGCAGGGAGAGGCAGAGGCCCUGGAGUCAUUCCCUUAUGGCCAGAUCUGUUCCUAUGGCGUAUCUGACAGCAACACCUUCAAAAUCACAGCUGGGGAUCGAGAUCUGCUGUUUGAAACCACCAAGCUGACUGAGAUCAUGCAGCUGAUGAAUGCGUAUUUCAGUGCCAUCCGUCGCCAGCGAGGGAAAGGGGAAGAUGCUGACAUCACCAUAGUAGAAAACACAGAGGUGGGAUUCCACCACCUGGCCUCUACAACAACACCCACCCUGCUGGAGCUGUCCUCGCACCCUGUUUGAGAGGGACCCAUACCCGGGCACCCCCAACCCCCACUGUCCUCCUCCACGUGGCCCCUCUGAGGCUCAGCCCCAGUCCUCAGGACACCACGCCUCCUCCACUGGGAACGGCAUGGCAGCCAAAACAAAGAGAGGGCUGUUUUCGCUCCCCGUCCGUGAAAAUAAACCCUUGCUGAGCUUUCCAGCUGAAGGAGCUGUUCGAUGGAGGGGGGAGGGGGCGGGGUUGGGACGGGAAGGCAAGGGGUUCUGUUUUGCAAGUCAAGCCAGAAACCCACAGAAACCAGUGCAGUUGCUGAUGAGCAGUCAAACACCCUCCAUCAUAUCCUGUCACGCAACCACCUCUGUUACCCUCCAUGGCAACACCCCCAAUCUCACCCCACCCCACUUGACAAUGUGAGACGUUGGUGUGAGUCAUGCCACAUCAAGGAGAGAUAACAUCAAAAGAGUUAGGACUUACAGCAAGAAUAAGAUGUGGUGCUCCCCUUAUGAAGGUAUGGCUUAGAGUCCAUUCUCUCUCUCUCUCCUUCUCUCAAAGUGUGCCAUAUUUGUAUUGCCUUUCCUAGAAGGCAGUCGUUCCUCAUGCACUGCUGGAAUAGUGUUGAGAAAAUUCAGACACACACCCCCUCCCAAGUCUUUGGCUCUCUCUCUUUCUCACACACAUACACACUCACUCACUCACUCUCUCAUGUGCCCUUAUGCUGACACAUUCAUCAGAGACGGUCAGUUUUCAUAAGGUCCCCGCCAGGCUUGCAUUACCUGGAACUGUUGAUGCAGUGAGCCAUGUGAACUUGGAACUGGAAACAGAUGUUGAACUCUGUAGCUAAGUCACUUUGGCUGCUGUGGCCAUAUAGACUCUUACCUAUGGGAUUGUGCGUGCGUGCGUGUGUGUGUGUGUGUGUGCGUGUGUGUGAGUGUGUGUUCGCGCGCGCCUGCGUGCGUGCGUAUGUGUCUGUUUGAUCAAAAAAAAAAAACAUUUCCUUUCAGGAUCUGAGUUAAUUAUGUUUCACAUAAACCAAAGGAUUUUGGAGCUGUUUCUACGUUUCUUACCAUCAAAUGCUCUCAUGUGUCCUUUGUUGUGCUGCUUGUCUUGGCUGUAAUCCUCGACAUGAAACUUGGUUAACACUUGACUGAUUUUGCUUAUGUCAGUUACUAUCCUAAUGCAGCUAUACUCUGCUGAAAAAAACAGGUGCUUCUCUGUUCAUUAUUAUUUUCACUAUAUAUAUAUAUAAUGGAAGAAAUUAAAACACAUAAACCCCCAGUCAGAACUCUGUAUCAUGUAAGAAGUGACACCAUAUUUACCAUCUGCCACCUGCUAUUUAAAUAGGAACCUUUUUAAUCAGGCCAUGGAUGCUUUUGUAGUAUUUAUGUCAACUUUGCUAUUUUUUUUACUGUCCUUUAUGUCUUAAAUGCAGACCCAGAUGUGUAAAUCCUGUGUAGCUCCUUCUUUGUGUUCACUGUUUGAGGAUUCUUGAGAAGCCAAAGUUUUGCCAAGUCAUGGAUUUGAGCAUGGACCAAAGAUGUGUUUUUAAUAAGUUUUUAUAACAAGAAAUUAUCCCAAAGCAGACAGACCCCACCCCCCCACCCCCCAUUUAUAGUUGACUGUUUUCAAAUUUUCCUUUAAACUAGAAUGUUAAACAAAUAUGAAAACAUCCUGUUGUAUACAUUGUACACCUUUUUUAAUGUAGAUUCCCAUUUAGGAAUCUGAGACCAUAGACGUAUAACUUUAGAGUACUGUCUGCUACACAACCCCACGCAAUAACCAGCCUAAAGACUUAAAACCUCUCACCGUGAAAGGCCUUGACGAGUCAGUGCACUGUCAGCCAUUGUCAGCCCUGUCUCCUGCUCAGAAGCAGGACUUUGCUUUUUCUACUGCAGCUGCAGGCAGCUCCUAGCUACACGGAUGUUGUUUUGUAUUAAGCUUGUUUGUAUGUUGCAUGGUACCUUUAUUGUAAUGUGUGUGUGUGUAGUAAAUUGCACUAUUUGUUUUUAACUAACUUGGAAGUGCAAUAUAAACUAUAAAUACUGUAAGUAAUUAAUAAAAAAACAGCACCAUUUUACCAUA